AUGCGUUUAAAUAAUAGUUCUAGCUCUGCUUCAGUUGCAUCACGUCUAUAUACAAACGGUACUCGUGGAUCUCGACGUGGCAGCUUUGGUAGUGAGCCUGAAUUGAUGAAUUUUAGUGAUAAUGAAACGUCAAUUCAUGAACUGAAUGAAAUUUGCAGUCAGGUCACAUCACUCUCUAAAAAAGUUAAUGAUCUGGAAGAAGAACGAAUGAGCACUGGAGAAGAAAAGGCAAGGUUACGAGCUGAUAAUGCAAUUCUCACUGAACGUGUACAUAUUUUGGAAGAGCAAUUAGAAGCUGCUGAACAUAGGUGGAAAGAGAAACUAAUAGAAGAAAAAAGUAGAAAUCGUGAUAUCAUAGCCAGGAUGGAGCGUGAGAAACAACUUGAAAUAGAAGGAGCUGCUUUAAAAUAUCAGGUGUUGGAAAAGGAUUACCUGGGAUUAAGAAAGGAAAAUGAUAAGUUGCACAAUGAUUUACUUAGUCUACAAGUUCAUUUCGAUAACGUGAAAGAUCAGCUUACUGAAGCUAAUGCUAUAUGCGAAACACUGGAAGAAGCACGACUUAAAACUGAGAAAGAAUUUAAGAGAUUUCGUGAAGAAGCACAGCAAGAUAUUGAUAGCAACUCAGAGUUAGUGGAAGAAUUGUCGAGACAAACAGAUGAACUAAGACGACAGAAAAAUGAAAUAUUACCUCGAGCUUCGGUUACAGAACAGAUAAUAUCAUUAGAGCAUGAAAUAAAUCGUUAUCGUAAAGAAAACAAAGAGCUGAAAAGGCAAAAUGAAGAUUUACAAGCGCAGUUAAUUCAUGAAUCUAUUGAAGCCGGUCAGAAUUUACUAGAAAAAUUUAAUCAAGAUCCAAAGCCAUCGCUAGCUGAGGAAUUAAGUGGCAAAGAUUCCUCAGAGGUUUGCUUACUUUAUUUUAUUUAA